AUGUUACGAAUGAAUAUAGCAAGGACAGAGCAUAAUAAUAAUCGAUUGAGCGCAACGAGUGCAGUUAGUGCUGCAACAAAUGGUGCAAUAAGUGGCGUUGCUACCAAUGGUGCGGCAUUUCACCAUACGCCAGCCGCACAAGUAAUUAUUAAUGGAAUUACAGACGAGAGAGGAAAUUUACGACAAAGCAGCAGUCAACAUUACGCAAAUGGUUCAGCUAUCGAUGUAAAGGAUAUUAUUGGUAAUCAUGCGCUCAAACAAGGUUCUUUUAUGGGUCUAUCAUAUCAUCAGCAACAACAACAGCAACAACAACAACAUCCGCAGCAGCAGCAACAACAGAGCGUUAGUAGUUCAGCAGCUGCAAAUCAAACUCAUUUACAAACCGAGUCAAGUGAUUCAACAACAAAUACAUCAGCUACGGGUCGUAAUCGUCAUCGGUCUAGUCAAAAUGAUGGUUUCAUUAAAUGUCAUUACUGUCCAAAGAAAUGGGCUGACCAAGCUGUGUAG